AUGAUUAACGCGACUCAGUUGAUUCACGCGACUCAGACGGCUCAGGCAGGCGUCACAGGGACGGAUGAUAGCAGUCGAUUAGAUCCCUGCGGGCCCUCGGGGCUGAAGCCCUCGCUUGUGGCGAAUGCGAUUCCUUCGACCGCGAGGCAGGGGGUAGGGUUGGCAGCGGAGGGGCCAUUGCUGGAUGGGAAAACCGCUCUUUUUCUUCCUUCCGGCCGUCAGCCGCCCUCCCCUCUACUGCUCCCGCCAUCCCCCAUGCUGCGGCAGCAGCAAGCAAUUCAACCGCUGCCCGCCGCACAGAACGAGCAGCCACUGGUGCCUCGAUCAGCGGCGCUUUCUCGUCCAUCUGCCGUCAUGUCCGUGCCGUCGCAUCCCUGCGUGCAGAGCGGCGCGGUCGGCGGGAGCGAGCCCACAUCGCACGGCGGAGCGCACGCAACAGUUGUGCCCUCUGCACCACCGCAUUGGCUCCUGGUGAACGGUUCCCCCGCGCCAGAAAAGGCGGGCCGCCCGUCCGCGGGCAAGAAGCGCCGCCACCUUGUGGACGAGCCACCAGGGCUGUGGCUGGGUGACGGGUGUGACGUUGCCACGUGUGCGUCGGACCGGUCGGACAGUCCGUGUGGCGUGUGCGCGGCGAGCGUGCUGGUGGUGCAGGGCGACCGCGGGUGGCGCGAGGGCAGGGCGGCCGUGGAGGCGCGGGUGGUGGGCGACGAGGAGGGCGGGGCGAGCGCGCACGUGCUCGCCGUGCUGCUCCGCAGCCACGCGCGCUUUUCGUACCGUCCGGAGCAGGCGGGGGCGACGGGCAGCAGCAACCGGGUGACGGGCGCCAUCAUGUGGCGCCCCCCCAAUGCCGACGCGGGCAGCAGCGCCGCCUCGUGGGCGCUGGAGUUUGCGGAGAGGAAGGAGUGGCGAAGGCUCCAGCAGUUGCACGACUCAUGCGCCCAGCGCAACAGCCGUACCGUGUCGGUGUGCCGCAUCCCCAUCCCCGGCGUGCGCCUCGUGCCCUGGCGCUGGCGCCUGCGCGGCUCCUCCGCGUGCGCGGCCAGCAGCAGCGCCAGCAGCGACAGCGUGGCGGGGCCGGUGGAGGGCGCGGAGGCGGGUGAGGGGCGCGAGGCGUUCGCCCCCCCGGCGGGGUACAUCCGCGGCGUGGACGAGGCGGAGCGCGUGCGGGUUGGCAGCCGCCACGUGGUGUACGACCUCGACUCCGACGACGAGCGCUUCCUCUCCUCACUCCCGCGCACCCUCCGCCGCGCAGGGUUGGAGGGACAGGCAGGAGGGGAAGGGCAGGUAGGGGGGGAGGGGCAAGGAGGGGGGGAGGGGAAGGGAGGGGGGAAUGGGCAGGCAGGGGGGAAUGGGCAGGCAGGGGCACAGACGGCGGGACAAAGGGUUGAGAGUGUCGUGUGUGAGGGUAGAGGGGGUGAUGGGGAAGUGGAGGGGAGUGCAGUGGCAGUGAGCGAGGGGCAGGUGGAGAGGGUGAUGGACCGGCUGGAAAAGGAGUCAUUCGCUGCGCGCUCGUUGCUCUCUGAGGCACACGCCCUGCGCUGCUGCGCGCACCUGGCGCCGCCAGAUGCCCUUGCCUUCUCAUUCCACUUGUGCCCCUCCCGCCCUGUCCGGCCCCCCUCUUCCUCCCCCGUGUCAUGCGACGCCCCGCCGCUGCAGCGCGCGCCAUGGGAGGUGUAUCAGGCGCAGGUUAAUGAGUGGCAGCGGCAACUGCAGCUGCUGCAAGCCCGUGAGGCCACGCCCCUCGCUCCGUCUCCUGAGCCGUGGGCCCCGGGGCAGCCGGGAGGAGGUGCGGAGGCAACAGCGGGGCAGAGGACGGGCGAGGGAGCGGGGAUGGGUGGCGUGGCGAGGCAGGGAGAGAGUGGUGUCGCGCAGCAGCAGCAGCAAGAGGAGGGAGGGGAGCAGCAGCAGGAGGGAGGAACGGGGCGUGCGGUAGCAGUGCAGCAGGGUCAGGUGUCAGCUGGUGCAGCAACCAAGCACGAGCAGCGUGAUCCCCACGGCCAACACCCACCCAGCACGGCAGCACCAGGUGGCGCAGCAGCAGGUUUAUCCACUCCUGCGCGCCUUCCAAGAAGCCCGGCCGCCUCCUCCUCUCCUUUCCCCUCACCCAUUCCCUUCGGCACCCCCAUCACCCCCAUCACCCUCGGCCCUGGUAGUGCCGCGCAGCAGCGUAUGCCCGCCAUCCCCCGCCCGCCUCUCUUUGCCUUCUGCCUGCAGCCGCGCGCCCACGCGCGCAGGGCCGCCUUCCCCUCGCGCGCGCGCUUCACCAAGCGCGCGCCGGCCUCCGCGGAGCACGCGCAGCAGGGGGGGCGGAGAGAGGGCGUGGAGGGGCUGGUGGCGGCCAAAAGGCAGCGCCGCGUGGUGUGCCUCGCAGGUGAGCCAAACCCUCCCCCUCGCCCUUCCGCUGUGCCGCGCGCCUUCUCCCCACUCAAUGCACCGCCUCAAUUCCCCGCACCUCCCUCCUGCCAAACCCUUGCUCGCUCGGCUGUGCCCCCCACUGCAGACCUGGGAGGCGAGGAGGCGGAGGGCAGCAGCAAGGGCGGCUCAGCAGGCGGGGCAGCAGGGGGAGCAGCAGAGUCUUUCCCUGGUGCAGGCCAUGAGGGGGUGAGUGCCCCGCAUGGGGACCUAUCUCUCGCGCACCCCUCGUCUGCGCGCCCCUCGCCCACAGCCGCGGGGGUGAGCGGGGCAGGCGGGGACGAAGCAGCAGCGCCCACGCCACCACACGGCGCUGCUGCAGGGCGCCUUGCUCUGCCCACUGCCUCCGCACCGCAGCACCAACCGCCCGGCGCUCCCGUGGUGGUUGCGGUGCUGUGUGGCGCCCCCGCUAUUGCUCGCGCCCAGAGCGGCCCUCCUUCACACGCAGCUGUGGGGUAUACAGGGGCCGGACAGCCGUGGGAGCAUGCGAGAGGCGGCAGCGGAGGCGGCGAGGAUGAGGCGCAGCAGCAGAAGAGAGGAGCGGCGGGCGUGCGGUCAGAGUUGCUGUCGCUGGCGCACGCGCGCCCACCAGGCAGUGCAACCGCGCAGGCACGUGCGGCUGCGACGGCGGCGCUCGGGGAGGGGAUGGGUGCAGCGCCAAGAGAUGUGAGCGCAGGGCGGUGGGCGCAUUGCGCGGCGGAGGGGAGGCCGUUGGCGCUGAUUGUGGGAGGUAGAGCGCAGGGGAUUGCAGGCGCAGGGGGAAGGGGAAGGCGCAGGGCGCGGGCAGUGUUGGUGCUGCAGCAGACACAGCAGCACGUGGGGUGGGCAGGGCAGGUGGAGGAGGGGGCAGGCGAGGCAGGUGGCACACAAGGUCGCGGAGACAGCUCUUUGAGUGGCGCAGAGGUGCACGCAGUGGGUCACGAGGCACAGGCGCUCGCAGGCAGCAGCAGGGGGGGGAGGCGGGUGGUGGAUCACAGGUUGCCUCAGGUGAGCAGACUAGCGGCGCCUGCGAUGCGUGGCGGCAUGGCAGCAGGUGGUGGGCGCGAGGCGGGUGCAGUGGGCGCACAGGAGCAGCUGGGAUAUGCUGGAACGGGUGCUGAAGAUGAAGAGUGGGGCAGAGAGGUUGGGAGAGAGACGGGAGCAGAGAGGGGCGGCGCUGCUGUGAUGAGUGGAGAAGCGGAAGAUGGGGCGGGUGGAGGGGCGGGCAAGGGCACGGUGGUGUACCACCGCAAGCGUCAGCGGUCGUGGCGAACAGCACGCGGUGGGGGGCACGCGGGCAGCGCUGCUGCCUGGCGCCCUGGCAGGCCUAGAAUGGCCGGUCUGUCCCCUGCCCGCCUGCUUCUGCCUGUGCCCCUCACAGCCUCGCCGCUCAUCCCUGAGCCCCACUUGCCCUCACCUCGUCUCGCUCACCCUCCAGCCGUGCUCCCGUCUGCAGCACAGGACCCAGCAUGUGCAUCCUCAAAUAGAGAGGCGCAGCGGCAAGGGGAGGAGGAGCAAGGGGUGGAGGAGCAAGGGGUGGAGGCGGCGAGGGCGGCGGGGAGGAGUGCAAGGGCGAGGGCAGGUGCAGCGAGGGCGAGGGCGAGCGAGCUGCAGCACGCGGCUGAUGCGGCGCUGGAGCACGCCUGCCACCGCCUCGCUCUCCUCCGUGCUGCUCAAGCCGUGCCCACUGCCAUGCCCUCUCCCAUGCCCCCUGCCAUGCCCCCUGCCAUGGCUGCCAUGCUCCCUGUUCCUCCCCACCACCUUGUUGAUGCCGCUCGUCCACCAGCCACUCUGCCAGCCGAGCAGCAGCAGCGGGCGGGCAGCAGCCCAGUGGCGCUGAGGCCGUCGUUCCCGUCGCCCUCGUCGGUGGCCAAGAGAGCAGCCGUUACGUACCGCCGUGCUGACAUCACUCUGCGCCGCGCUGAUGUCACGCUGGGCGAGGAGGGGUGCGGCUUCAGCCUGCUGCCCUCGCCACACUUCCCCCUGCGGGCUGCCUCCGUCACACACAAGCCUGCUGACAUCACUCUCCCGCAUGCUGAGGUCACCAUCUCAGAGCCCCUGAGUGGCAAUGACGACAGCCCUCGCCCUGGCAGCCCAGCGCCCCCCAUGCCGUCCACACUUGACUCCCUCCAACCCCCCCUCGCUGCACUCACCCCCAUCCCUGCUCCACCGCUCUCUCAUGAGCGCGAGGGCGAGGGUGGGCAGGGGUGUGGGGAUGUGUGGAGCAUGGGAGGAGGGGCGAAAGAGAGUGAAGAGAGCAGCAGGGAAGGAAUGGGCUCGGCGCUGCAUGCAGCAGUUGAGGUGGACGGGGUGGUGGAGGGGCGUGGCAGCAUGGGUGUACACAAGCACAUGGCUGGUGGCGGCAGCUGCCACGCGAGCGCUGAUGCGGUGCGCAUGCAAGUGGAUGGGGUGCAGUGGGGUGGAGGGCCGUGGGGCAACGCAUGUGAAGGAGAGGCGAUGCAGGCAGCAAGUAAAUCAAGUGGAGAUGAGACUAGCGGGGAGGGGCGAGGCAGGCAAAGACUCAGGGAGGAGGGAUGUGGGGGGAAGCUGGGUGUGCAAAGGACAGUCGAGGGGGGUGAGGGGAGAGGCGGUGGGUUGGAGGGGUGUGCGAGUGUGAUGUAUGUGGUGAAUGGGCAUGUGGAGGGAGGCGCGCACACGCGCAGGCAGCAGGUGGGGGAGGAUAGGGCAGUUGCCACAUGUCACACUGGGGUGGGGGAGGGGGACGCAGCACACGGGUGUGAAGGAGAUGGUGGUAUAGAGGGGGCAGUGAGCAGUGGAGGUGACCCUGCGUGGAGUGGGCAUGGCGGCGUGGGGACGGCGUCGGGUGACGUGGCGGAGUGUGAGCGCGGGAGCCACGCAGGCGGGGAUGAGGCGGCUUGCGGGGAUCGAUCAGGGUCGGCAGGUGCAAGCGAGGCUGCCCGUGCGGGGCAGGGUGAAGGCGGUGAGAAGGGGGGGGCAGCUGUGAUGGUGGUGGGGCCGUUGCCACUGCUGCCUGUCCCCGAGGCCCCUUUGCGUGAGCGGUGGGUGGGCUGCGGCGCACAGGGGUGGAAGGAAGCUCCCACAGCGGUGGUGCAGGGGCAGGCCCAUUCAGGGGAGGUGGGGACAACAGCGGGCAUGGGUGGCACAGAGGAGGGUGAGAGGCACAGCAGAGUGGGUAGUUGA